AUGGAAUUAUCAAUUAAAUUAAAACAAUCAUGUGAGGAACUAGUUUCAUUAAUCGAGAGUGGAGGAAGAGAAAUUUCAAUUACUGACAACAUAGAUGUUUUACAAACCUAUUCAAAGAGGAUCAAUUAUUUAUCAAAUCAAUUUAUUAUCAACAUUGGCAGCAACAAUAACAAAAUAGCAUUCAAAACACUCACAUCUAUUUUUAAAUACACAAAAGUCAUGGAACUGGCAAUCAAAAGUAAUGAGAACCAAUUCGACCUUUUGAUUCAAGAAAAAGAUCAAUCUUUGAAAGAUCUUGGCAUAGAAAAAGAAAAAACAGAAACUGAACAACAAGUUGAAAAUCUAGAGAAAGCCAUCACACAAAAAAGAAAUAGGCAAAUGGUGAAAAUAUUUGUGUUCGCCAUUAUUGCUCUGGUAGGAACAGUUCUAACCAAAAGUGAUAUGUCAAACAGAGAACUUUUGAAUUGGAUGGUCAAAAGAGACAAUAGAGCAAUUAAACAGCUUCGAUCCCAAUGCAAUACAUUGGAAGAUAGUCAUUCUAGUGUCACUUUAGAGCUAAUAGUCGCCAAUUCAAACCUCCUAUGUGCAUCUCUAAGGCUACAAUAUUUGGAAAGCGAAAUGGCAGCAAAUGAAGAAAAAAAGGUGGGAUUGGGAAGAGGACUGACCCAUCUAAUCAAUAUCAAAAGCUUACUACAUAGUAUUGGUGAAAUUUUUGGACAACUUGCCUCUGAAACAGAAUUCACUCGUAGUGUUAUCAAAGAAUUAAAGUAUGACCAAUAUUGGCUCAAAAUUACUAUGGUUUUGUACAAAUAUUCAAAGCCAAUUAUGAACGAUGCUCUACUAAAAAGUUGUAAAUAA